CACUUCGCUUUUGUAAAUUGUAACUCGAUAUCUCUAAGCGUCCUCCUCUUCUUUUUUUCUUCCGUCAAACUUCGAGGCUCCGUGCCCUGAGCCCGAAAACGGAAAAAAAAAAAUCCAACUCAUUUGCUCCCAUUUAUUUGCCCUGCAUUUGCCAUCACUUUCUAGGGGGAAGUUUAAGAAGAAAUGUACUCGGAUAUUCGGUCUUUACCGUUGGAUGGAUGUGUGGGAGAUUAUCAUGGGUCACUUGAUGGGACCAACUUGCCUGGUGAUGGUUGCUUGGUCCUGACAACUGAUCCGAAGCCUCGACUCCGAUGGACAGCUGAACUCCAUGAACGUUUCGUCGAUGCUGUUACUCAACUUGGCGGCCCUGACAAAGCAACCCCUAAGACUAUUAUGAGAACAAUGGGAGUAAAAGGCCUUACCCUCUAUCACUUGAAGUCACAUCUUCAGAAAUACCGGCUGGGGAAGCAAGCUUGCAAGGAAUCAACUGAUAACCCUAAGGAUGCUUCUUGUGUCGCAGAAAGUCAGGACACUGGUUCAUCUACAACAUCAUUAUCAUCGAGAAUGGUAGCACAAGACUUGAAUGAUGGUCACCAGGUUACCGAAGCUCUUCGAGUGCAGAUGGAAGUGCAACGAAGACUACAUGAACAGUUGGAGGUACAGCAUCGACUUCAACUUCGGAUUGAAGCACAAGGCAAAUACCUACAGUCAAUACUCGAGAAAGCCUGUAAAGCUUUGAAUGAUCAGGCUGCUGCUUCUGCUGGUCUUGAAGCUGCCAAGGAAGAGCUUUCUGAACUGGCUAUCAAGGUUUCCAAUGAUUGUCAAGGGAUGGUUUCCUUGUCUGAACUUGCUGCUGCUCUAGACAACAAAACUACUUCCACUAUGCCUGCCCGGAUUGGCGACUGCUCUGUUGAAAGCUGCUUGACUUCUGCUGGAAGCCCUGUUUCUCCGAUGGCUGUUGGUUCACAGGCAGCUAUUAUGAAAAAGAGGCCAAGACCCUUGUUGGUAAUGGAGACCCUUUGCCCUUGGAUGGCAACAUAA